GUCUUUGAAUUCCGUCCGAGCCCUUCGAGUCCCAUCUAUACCACUUUUACUAGGCAAAACCUCGAUUCCGCACGGAAUAGCUGGGGGACUAGCCUGAAAAGCCCCAAGAGCUACACCAGUGUCGAUAAGGGCACCCAGACGGAGGGCCUGCCACUUGACACUGCUGCUUCCGACAGCGGAUCCUCGUCUCGGAGUGACCGAGAUAAUAUUCCUAACCUUCCUGACUCUAAUCCAUGGGACCUUCCUGACACGUCGGAGGACCACGUGGGCCAGGAUGGGGAUGAUGAAUCCGAGCAUGAUGGUGAUUUUGAAAUCCAUGAAGCGAGCAAUACGACCAUCGCCAGACCGGACAGUACGGGCACUGCAGUGGCAGCCCCGGUCGAGGACGGCCCUGUGCAGAAUUCAUCGCCCACCUUUUCUCGUCCACGGUUGGUGACUAUCCCCAAACGCAACCCUCCCCCAGCUCUGCCACCACGUAAUCCAGAGCGCAAACAUGACUCUUUCUCGACUCAAAGCUCCAUCCCACCUGCCUCUCCAUCGCCCACCAGCUCUGCGCACCCCGAGAUCCGGAAGUCCAGCGAGUCAUUGCGCAGUGACAUGAGUCCCAACGGGUUCAUGGAGAUUACCCAAUCGAAGAUGGAUGAUGUCGUGAUUGGCACUCACAACCAUUUGCAUGACGAUAUACACGCUGUGGAAAAGGAUGAAUUUCAUUCGAUACCCACUUCACCAGAACCUGAGGAAAAACCAGUGCUUAAAAUGGGGAGUGAAGCCGAGAUCGUCUAG